CUGAGCUGUGUGUAUCUGGAGGAACUGUUAGCCUAACUGGACUGAUUAUUAAAGUGUCUCCAGACCAGAGGAGGAAAUUUCCCCCACCCACCCGUCAGUCCAUCAUGGCGGACAUCAAGAACUUCCUGUACGCCUGGUGUGGAAAAAAGAAGAUGACUCCAAGCUACGACAUCCGAGCAGCAGGGAACAAAAACCGUCAGAAGUUCAUGUGUGAGGUUCGUGUUGAAGGAUACAACUACAUCGGGAUGGGAAACUCCACCAACAAGAAGGACGCUCAAUCCAACGCUGCUCGGGACUUUGUGAACUACCUGGUCCGGAUCGGGGAGAUGAAUGCAGCGGAGGUCCCGGCUCUGGGGGCGAGCGCUCCAGAAGGAGACAUACCUGAUGGAGGAGGAGGAGGAGGAGGAGGAAGAGGAGGAAACGAAGGUGGCUUUGGAGUGCUCCCGUCCAGCGGCCCUCUGCCUCCUCACCUCGUCGUCAAAGCCGAGCAAGAGGAGAGCGGAGGUGGAAGUGAAGGUGAAGGUGGAGGUGGAGGUCCAGUACCAGGAGUGACAGGGCUGGGUUACUCAGGAGGAGGAAACUCAGGGUGGGCAGGAGGAGGAGGAGGAGGAGGAGGAGGAGGAGGAGGAGGAGGAGGACGAGCUGAGUGGGACAGAGGAGCCAACCUGAAGGAGUACUACGCCCGGAGAGACGAACAGGAAGCACAGGCCACCCUGGAGUCAGAGGAGGUGGACCUGAACGCUAACCUCCACGGGAACUGGACUCUGGAGAACGCCAAGGCCCGUCUGAACCAGUUCUUCCAGAAGGAAAAAACCAGCGCUGAGUAUAAAUACAGCCAAGUGGGACCGGAUCACAACAGGGCGGAGAGCCGCCGCCGGGAGAAUCGGCUGUUCUUUAUUAAACACAAAGUCUGGCAGAAAAACAUACAGGCCUCCUCCUGAGGACGCAGCAGGAGCUUCAUCGCAGAGAUGCAGCUGUUUGUGAAGCAGCUAGGCAGACGGAUCACAGCUCGAGAGCACGGCUCCAACAAGAAGCUGGCGGCUCAGUCGUGCGCUCUCUCUCUGGUCCGGCAGCUGUACCACCUGAGCGUGAUCGAGGCGUACUCCGGCAUCACCAAGAAGAAGGAGGGAGAAACGCUGGAGGUGUACGAGGUCACCGUGACUCCAGACCUGCAGCAGCAGCUGGCCACUGUGGUUGAGGAGCUCGGAGUCCAGAUCCCUCCCCCUCCUGAAGACCCCAGCAGCUCGGUGUCUCUGGUUCAGGGGAAGAUGGUGACGUUUGAGCCGUCGCAGCGUCAGAGCGGAGCCGGGGUCGUCCCCUGGUCUCCUCCUCAGGUGAACUGGAACCCUUGGACCAGCAGCAACAUCGACGAGGGACCGCUGGCCUUCUGCACUCCGGAGCAGAUCAGUGGGGACCUUCACGACGAACUGAUGUACCAGCUGGACCACGAUGAAAACCUGCAGAAGAUCCUGGCGGACAGGGACCAGCUGCCCGUCAAACAGUUCGAGGAAGAGAUCAUGGCCGCCAUCGACAACAACCCCGUGGUGAUCAUCAGAGGAGCGACGGGCUGCGGUAAAACCACCCAGGUUCCUCAGUACAUCCUGGACCGCUUCGUCAAAGGAAACAGAGCGUCCGACUGCAACAUCGUCGUCACUCAGCCCAGAAGGAUCAGCGCCGUGUCGGUGGCCGAGCGUGUUGCCUAUGAGAGAGGAGAGGAUCUUGGGAAAUGCUGCGGCUACAGCGUCCGUUUUGAGUCCAUCCUCCCUCGACCUCACGCCAGCGUUCUCUUCUGCACCGUCGGUGUUCUCCUGAGGAAGCUUGAAGCAGGAAUCCGAGGCAUCAGUCACGUUAUUGUUGACGAGAUCCACGAGAGAGACAUCAACACGGACUUCCUCAUGGUGGUCCUCAGAGACGUGGUCCAGGCCUACCCGGAGGUCCGCGUCAUCCUCAUGUCGGCCACCAUCGACACCACCAUGUUCAGAGAAUACUUCUUCAGCUGCCCCGUCAUCGAGGUGUUCGGACGCACCUUCCCCGUCCAAGAGUACUUCCUGGAGGACUGCAUCCAGAUGACCAACUUCGUCCCUCCUCCGAUGGACCGCAAGAAGAAGGACAAAGACGAGGAGGGAGGAGAGGAGGAUACGAACUGUAACGUGAUCUGUGGGCCGGACUACACGGCGGAGACGAAGCGUUCCAUGGCUCAGAUCAACGAGAAGGAGACGUCCUUCGAGCUGGUGGAGGCUCUGCUGAAGUACAUCGAGACCCUCAACGUGUCCGGAGCCGUGCUCAUCUUCCUCCCCGGCUGGAACCUGAUCUGCUCCAUGCAGAGGCACCUGGAGACCAGUCCACACUUUGGAGGUAACCGGUACCGGAUCAUGCCGCUCCACUCUCAGAUCCCCCGAGAGGAGCAGAGGAGGGUGUUUGAACCGGUUCCUGACAACGUCACGAAGGUGAUCCUGUCCACAAACAUCGCAGAGACCAGCAUCACCAUCAAUGACGUGGUCUACGUCAUCGACUCCUGCAAGCAGAAGGUGAAGCUCUUCACGUCCCACAACAACAUGACCAACUACGCCACGGUCUGGGCCUCCAAGACCAACCUGGAGCAGAGGAAGGGCCGGGCGGGCCGGGUGAGACCGGGGUUCUGCUUCCACCUCUGCAGCCACGCUCGCUUCGAGAGACUGGAGACUCACAUGACUCCAGAGAUCUUCAGGACCCCGCUGCAUGAAGUCGCUCUGAGCAUCAAGCUGCUGAGACUCGGAGCCAUUGGACACUUCCUGUCCAAGGCCAUCGAGCCGCCGCCGCUGGACGCCGUCAUCGAGGCCGAGCACACUCUGAAAGAGCUGGACGCCCUGGACUCUAAUGAGGAGCUGACUCCUCUGGGUCGGAUCCUGGCCCGUCUGCCCAUCGAGCCUCGUCUGGGGAAGAUGAUGAUCAUGGGCUGCAUCUUCCAUGUCGGGGAUGCGAUGUGCACCAUCUCGUCCGCCUCCUGUUUCCAGGAGCCGUUCCUCAACGAGGGGAAGCGUCUCGGUUUCGUCCACAGGAACUUUGCCGGCAGCCGGUUCUCCGACCACGUGGCUCUGCUGUCAGUGUUCCAGGCCUGGGACGACGUCAGGAUCAACGGUGAGGAUGCAGAGAGUCGUUUCUGCGAACACAAACGUCUCAACAUGUCGACUCUGAGGAUGACCUGGGAGGCCAAGGUGCAGCUGAAGGAGAUCCUGGUCAACGCAGGAUUCCCUGAAGAGAGUCUGAUGACUCAGACGUUCAACAACAUCGGACCCGACAACAACCUGGACGUGGUCGUGUCCCUGCUGACCUUCGGAUCGUAUCCCAACGUCUGCUUCCACAAAGAGAAGAGGAAGAUCCUGACCACCGAGGGCCGCAACGCCCUGAUCCACAAGUCCUCCGUCAACUGUCCGUUCAGCAGCCACGACAUGACCUACCCGUCCCCGUUCUUCGUCUUCAGCGAGAAGAUCCGGACCAGAGCCAUCUCGGCUAAAGGCAUGACCCUGGUCAGUCCUCUGCAGCUGCUGCUGUUCGCCUGCAAGAAGAUCAGCUCCAACGGGGACGUGGUGGAACUGGACGACUGGAUCAAGCUGAGGAUUCCUCACGAGGUGGCGGGCGGCGUGGCGGCUCUGAGGGCCGGACUGGAGGCUCUGGUGGUGGAGGUGACCAAAGACCCCGAAUACAUCCGACAGAUGGACCCGGGCAACCAGAGACUCCUGAACCUCAUCAGACACGUCUCCAAACCGUCUGCAGCCGGACUCAACAUGAUGGCCAGCAACCAGAGGAUGGGAGACGGACCUCGACCUCCGAAGAUGGCGCGAUUCGACGGAGGAGGAGGAGGAGGAGGAGGAUAUGGAGGAAGAGGAGGAGGAGGCGGCUAUAGAGGAAGAGGAGGAGGAGGAGGAUAUGGAGGAGGAGGAGGAUAUGGAGGAGGAGGAGGCGGCUAUAGAGGCGGUGGUGGUUACAGGGGAGGGGGAGGAUAUGGAGGAGGUGGCGGAGGAGGUUACAGAGGAGGGGGAGGUGGAGGGUACAGGGGAGGUGGAGGUGGAGGAUAUGGAGGAGGGGGAGGGGGAGGUUAUGGUGGAGGAGGAGGAGGAGGUUAUAGAGGAGGAGGUGGAGGUGGAGGUUAUGGAGGAGGUGGGGGUUACAGAGGAGGUUAUUAACGCUCAGGUGUUUGUUCAGCAGACGUUUUCUCCCGUUGAGUAAACUGAAAAAAGAGAACCUGUCACUUUAAAUGUUUGUUGUUCUUCCUCCAUCAGACGGGAACGCUCUUCCUCUCAUCAGCUGUUUGUUUCUCUUCUUGAAUAUGUUUGUAAAAGUCUCCACACAGUGUGUUUAGUUUUUUCUUGUUUUAGUUCAGUGAUGCUGUUUGAUGUCAUUUCAACUCCAGAAUAAAAAUAUUAAAGUUGUUUUAAAGCUGC